AUGAGCCAACUAAAAGCAUCCGUCGCAGCGGAAUUGCUGGAGAAAUACUUUGGUGCUCCGUACCUCUUCGACCGGGCCAACUCCUUCUUCCGCGAGAAGGUGUCACCGAAAAAUACAGCUGGCCUUGAGGCACCGCCAACCAUCACAUGCGCCAGCUUCCUGCGCUUUGUGAACUGUACCGUUGAUGAGAAGACCAUUGAUUCCUUGUGCGAGGCAGCAGCGUCCAGCUCAGUUGUCGAAGCCCUGAAGGGAGAAAACGGUGAGCGAUGUCUGCGUCGGCGUGGUUUCCUGGACCCCAACGACGACCCCGCUCUUCGAAGCGUUGCGGUGUGGCCACUGCACCGCGCCUCAAAACCGGAGGAGGUGGAAGACUUCUUUCGACCGUAUGGAAAGAUUGAGUACGCCAGAGUCAUGCUGCGGCCCCACGGUGACGCCCAGCCCUACGCCACCUUUGUGGUAUGCUUUGCCACCGUGGAUGAGGCCGCGGCGUGCGCCGCGGCGAAUAUAUCCUUUGGCGAGGCACCCUCAGCGUUAGCACAACACUUUUUGCCGGCCCACCUGCAUGUGGCCCUUAUUGAGGACUAUCGUGCCAAAUCCGAAGAAAAGACCCGGCUUCAGGAGGAGAUGCAGUUGAAGAAAAAUGUUGUGAGGGCGCAGAAGGCGUUGGCGGAGCUGAACGACCAGGGCAUCAGGCGCUUCUUGCGCAAGGGCGUGACACUGAAGGUUGAGGAUGUGCCGCCUGGAACGCCGUGGCAAACAAUAAAAAUGAAGCUUGGAAAUUUGAGCCUCACGAACCCUGCGUUGCGGAGGGGCAUAACUCUCUUGAAGGUGGAGGGGCCCGACGAGGCCGCGCCGUCGAGGCCGUGGCGGGCCUUUGUUAUCUGCCGUGACGAGAAGGUUGCCAAGGAAAUGCUAACGAGCUUCAGCCUGGCAGACGGGGAGUUUGGGAAGCAGCUGCGGGAGGUGUGCCCGACACUGCUGCCGCUGACGGACGCGGAGGAUGAGUACGCGCGACGGAACUUCCCCGAAUGGUGUAGGCCCCGCAUCGAGGCAAAGCGAGCCGAAAACCUGAAGCGUCAGCGCCAGUCUUGA